AUGCACCCCGAGAUUUGGUUCUGGGUGGUGAGAUUAUACAGUACAUACAGCUAUGUGGUUGUGAAUUAUAACUUAUCUGACUGUCAGCUACAGUAGUUAAAUUAUAUGUCAGUUAUAUUCUUCAUACCUGUUUUCUUGACAGAGGAAUGGUUUGGGUGGGGAACUAUUUCCAUUUACUGAGCUCUUCAAACUAUUUCCCUGGGUGUCUUUUGUAACACAGCCCGGCCCUCCUUUAAAAACGAAAGAAAACCUUUAAAAAAAAACAUUAUUUCCCUCCCUUUGUACUUUCUCUCUCGCUGCUCUUUUCUCACUGUUUGAUGGUGAAGGUGGUUAGGGUGUGUGUGUUUGUAUGUGUGUGUGUGUGUGUGUGUGUGUGUGUGAUUAUGUGUGUGUGUGUGUGCGUGCCCGUGUGUGAGGGGGAGUUGAUAGAUGGGCGGUAAAGGGUUGUACAGGUGAAACAGGGUGGAGACCUACAGGAAACGUGUUAUUAAGAGCAAUUGUGAAGAGGAUUACAACCAUUGGUUGUGUGUGUGUGGUGUGUGUUGUGACUGAAAUGUUGAAGAAAACACUCCUCUCUAUUUUGUUCCUUUUUAAAUCACACUGCAAGGCUGGCACUAGCACCUCCAUCUCUGGCUCAGAGUACACACCUCAAAGACCUGCACAUCUUUGUAGAUUGUAAACAAGGUUAUAGUCAGGGUGGAGGGCUACAGGGAUCCUUUACUGAUUUUGGUAUCAAACCAUCUCAGGUCCCAAACCAUACUUAAAGUGUAUUAAAGGCCCACUGCACAGAGCCCUGUCCUGCAACCUGGGAUGGUUUGUCAUACUGGGACUGUGAGUGAUGAUGCGGGUAGAGCUAGAGUCCCGUGUAGCUAAGUUGGUAGAGCAUGGUGUUUGCAACGCCAGGGUUGUGGGUUCGUUUCCCACGGGGGACCAGUAUGAAAAAAAUAAAAUAUAUAAAAUGUAUGCACUCAGUCGCUUUGGAUAAGAGCGUCUGCUAAAUGACUAAAAAUGUAAAAAUGUUGAGUAAAGGGUGCAAUAAGUCCAAGUAACAUAUUGGAUAAGUUUACAUUUUAACUCUACAAUCUACUCAAAAGGCAAGGCACUCUGGGAAAUAUUUGACUAAGGGUUUACACUAAGCAGUGUGUUAAUUUAAUACUGUUCCGGUGUCUAUAUGGGUUCACAGACUCAACACUUUCAGUUUUGAUUUAACAGUCAGUGUUAAUUAUAUAUAUUUUUUUAACACUGGAGAAUGUGUUGUGUACCAUUAACAGUAUGGUUGUGUGCAGGAUGCCAAAUAUUUACAGAAAUGUUUGAAUGAUACCACCACAUCCUGACCCUUCUGCCCACAUGUCCCUCUCUCCCUCCUUCCCUCCCCCACCAGAGAGGGGGCUCUGCCAACAGAGGUCUCCUCAGGGUGUGAGUGGAAAAAGCUGGCUAGACUAAAUAUCAUUACGGAGGAUGUGUGUGUGUGUACAUGCAGCGCAGAGCAGGGUACUGUCUGUCUGUCUGUCUGUCUGUCUGUUAAUUUUGAUUUCACGCUGCACCUCCUCCUCCUCAUAUGAAAAUAUUGCAAAUGAGUUUUCCCCUUCAAGCCCAAUAGGUCAUGUCUCCUCUAUGUAGCUCCUAUUGAGCAGCUGGGACUGUGGCAUACUUUAUGCUGUCUCUGGUUGAAGUGCCCCCUCAAACACACACUGACACAUCACACCAUCAACUGUUUCAUGGGGAGAUUAGGUCAGGUUAGAUAUUAUAUUGUAAUGGAAGAAUACUGGGGAGGAAAACAAACUUGCACCACCAUUGGAAAUCAGAGGACAGACCUUAUUUGAGCAAUUCCUUUAAACAAUAUACAGUAUAUCCUAAAACGUUUAAAGACACAGAAAGCCUGAAUGGUGUUAUUACAUAUGUCUAUUAUUAUGUUAAAUCAAAACUCUCUCCCUCCCCCUCUCUCUCCUCCAGAACUCCAUCCGCCACAACCUGUCCCUCCACAGUCGUUUUGUUCGUGUGCAGAACGAGGGGACAGGGAAGAGCUCCUGGUGGAUGCUGAACCCCGAGGGAGGGAAGAGCGGGAAGUCCCCCCGACGUAGAGCUGCCUCCAUGGACAACAACAGCAAGUUCACCAAGAGCAGAGGAAGGGCUGCCAAGAAGAAGGUAGGAAGGAGCAGAAUGGAGACUGUCUAUCAUUAGCUUAAUUUUAGCACCUCUACAGUGUCUGCUUGUCAAUACGGAAGAGUGAAUAACACAGACCACACUAAAAUGGUGAUCUCUACUGUUGUAUUGUUAUCACAUGUUAAGCUUGAACACUGACAGUUUUGUAGCUUUAAUGAGGCUUACACAACUGUAUGAGUUCCUUAAAGCCUAUGCAAAUUCCAGUGUUGGGAUGUUUACCACUUAAUGUUUUUAUUUAAUUUAACCUUUAUUUUUAUUGAUUUAAUUUACCUUUAUUUAACCAGGCAAGUCAAUUAAGAACAAAUUCUUAUUUACAAUGAUGGCCUGGCAAGAGACAAAAAACAAUGUGAGACAAAACGGACAACACAGACGGAAGACACUGGCAACAGCACAAAUACAACAGCAAAUACACAGGGAAUGUGUGUGUGUGUGUGUGUGUGUGUGUGUGUGUGUGUGUGUGUGUGUGUGUGUGUGUGUGGUGUGUGAAGUAUAUCAACAUGCUUCCUUCAAGAAGGCAAACGCAAACUACUGACAUCGGGUGACAACUAGAAACAACUACGUCUCAACAACCUGUCAUCUGUUUAUCCUUUGGAGUCCAAAAACCGAGGGCUGAGUAAUGAAAGGACCUUAUUCCAUGCUCGGCUCUAAUUUUCGGGACUCUUAGCAUUAAACGAGAUUGAGAGCUGAGGUUGUAGGUGUUUUCAUUUUGAGCUAGAAGAGAGGAUAUCUGUAGAUAUAAUUGCAGUGUUCCUAAAAUGGCCAUAUAAAUAAGAAUGUACCAGUGUUUGAGCCUGCGUGUUGCUAGUGAUGUCCACCCGACAGCACUGUAGAGAUCACAAUGGUGAGUUAGACAUCUCUGAUUGGUGACAAAACAAAGGGCUUCAUGAUACACAGAGUCAAGAGCCUUCAGUGUAGAGCUUGAGGCUUGUACAUAAAUAGUAUCACCAUAGUCCAACACAGAAAGAGAGAAGUGCAACGAAUCAACAAUUUUCUGGCGGCAAAGGAAAAACAAGCUUUGUGCCAGUAAUAAGAAUCAAUGCAGCUUGAGUUUCCCAAUAAUGUAGUUUCGCUACAUGGGUGGUGAAGCUCAGCUUCUCAUCCAACCAAACUCCCAUAUAUUUGUGCGUUUUGACUUGCUCUAUAGAAUGUCCUUCCAAGGUAGUAAUUACAUGGUUUUCAGAGUGUUUAAUAUUGGAUAAUACCAUGUAUUUUAUAUAUAUAUAUAUAUAUAUAUAUAUAUAUACAGCUGUGGAAAAAAUUAAGAGACCACUGCAAAUUUUUCUUAAAUCAGCAUCUCUACAUGUAUGACAGCCAUUCCAUUCCAGUGUAUGUUGAAUUCCAACACAGGCACACCUCAUUCUACUGAAUUAGGUACUGAUUAGGUGUUCACAUGAACCAAAUCUUAUUUAACGAGAUAAAGUAUAAAAAACCACUGCUGUGGUCAUCACUAUCCUCUUGCAAUAGGACCAGCUGGAUGGCAAAAACAGUGCUAAUAGUACCUCAAAAGUAAUAUUAAUAAAAAAAUAACUAUUGACCAUGCCAAAAGAGUUGAAAAGGAAAGUUUUGAGUGAGGAAAAAAAGGGGUCAAUUCUGGCUUUACUGGCAGAGGGAUACAGUGAGCGUCAGGUUGCUUCCAUCCUUCAAAUGUCUAAGACGGCGGUUCAUAAGAACAAGGUCAAGCAGCAGACAUUGGGGACAACAAAGCUACAGACCGGUAGAGGGUGAAAACGACUCUCUACUGACCGGGAUGACCGCCAACUCAUUCGAAUGUCACUCAACAACCGUAGGAUGACAUCAAGUGACCUACAAAAAGAAUGGCAAACGGCAGCUGGAGUGAAGUGCAUGGCGAGGACAGUUCGAAACAGGCUCCUAGGGGCAGGGCUGAAGUCGUGCAAAGCUAGAAAAAAGCCCUUCAUCAAUGAGAAGCAAAGAAGAGCCAGGCUGAGGUCCAAUUUUCAGCUUUGCCCAACACCUGGUCGUCUAAUGGUUAGACGGAGACCUGGAGAGGCCUACAAGCCACAGUGUCUCGCACCCACUGUGAAAUUUGGUGAAGGAUCGGUGAUGAUCUGGGGGUGCUUCAGCAAGGCUGGAAUCGGGCAGAUUUGUCUUUGUGAAGGACACAUGAAUCAAGCCACGUACAAGGUUGUCCUGGAAGAAUAUUUGCUUCUUUUUGCUCUGACCUUGUUCCCCAACUCUGAGGAUUGGUUUUUCCAGCAGGACAAUGCCACACAGCCAGAUCAAUCAAGGUGUAGAUGGAGGACCACCAGAUCAAGACCCUGUCAUGGCCAGCCCAAUCUCCAGACCUGAACCCCAUUGAAAACUUCUGGAAUGUGAUCAAGAGGAAGAUGGAUGGUCACAAGCCAUCAAACAAAGCCGAGCUACUUGAAUUUCUGCGCCAGGAGUGGCAUAAAGUCACCCAACAUCAAUGUGAAAGACUGGUGGAGAGCAUGCCAAGACGCAUGAAAGCUGUGAUUGAAAAUCAGGGUUAUUCCACCAAAUAUUGAUUUCUGAACUAUAAAAAAAAACAUUACUAUUGUGUUGUUUAAAAAUGAACAUGAACUUAUUUUCUUUGCAUUAUUCGUGGUCUGACAACACUGCAUCUUUUUUUGUUAUUUUGACCAGUUGUCAUUUUCUGCAAAUAAAUGCUCUAAAUGACAAUAUUUUUAUUUGGAAUUUGGGAGAAAUGUUGUCAGUAGAUUAUAAAAUAAAACAAAAAUGUAAUUUUUACCCAAACACAUACCUAUAAAUAGGAAUCCAGAGAAACUGAUAAUUUUGCAGUGGUCUCUUUAUUUUUUCCACAGCUGUAUGUAUGAAGUUUGCUAGAGUGCAUUUGAAUGAUCCAGAAGAGGAUUGGGAGAAUGUCAUAUGGUCAGAUGAAACCAAAAUAUAACUUUUUGGUAAAAACUCAACUCGUCGUGUUUGGAGGACAAAGAAUGCUGAGUUGCAUCCAAAGAACACUAUACCUACUGUGAAGCAUGGGGGUGGAAACAUCAUGCUUUGGGGCUGUUUUUCUGCAAAGGGACCAGGACGACUGAUCCGUGUAAAGGAAAGAAUGAAUGGGGCCAUGUAUCGUGAAAUUUUGAGUGAAAACCUCCUUCCAUCAGCAAGGGCAUUGAAGAUGAAACGUGGCUGGGUCUUUCAGCAUGACAAUGAUCCCAAACACACCGCCCGGGCAACGAAGGAGUGGCUUCGUAAGAAGCAUUUCAAGGUCCUGGAGUGGCCUAGCCAGUCUCCAGAUCUCAUCCCCAUAGAACAUCUUUGGAGGGAGUUGAAAGUCUGUGUUGCCCAGCGACAGCCCCAAAACAUCACUGCUUUAGAGGAGAUCUGCAUGGAGGAAUGGGCCAAAAUACCAGCAACAGUGUGUGAAAACCUUGUGAAGACUUACAGAAAACGUUUGACCUGUGUCAUUGCCAACAAAGGGUAUAUAACAAAGUAUUGAGAAACUUUUGUUAUUGACCAAAUACUUAUUUUCCACCAUAAUUUGCAAAUAAAUUCAUUAAAAAUCCUACAAUGUGAUUUUCUGGAUUUUUUUUCUCUCAUUUUGUCUGUCAUAGUUGACGUGUACCUAUGAUGAAAAUUACAGGCCUCUCUCAUCUUUUUAAGUGGGAGAACUUGCACAAUUGGUGGCUGACUAAAUACUUUUUUUCCCCACUGUAUAUAUAGUACCAGUCAAAAGUUUGGACACACCUACUCAUUCCAGGGUUUUACUUUAUUUUUUACUAUUUUCUACAUUGUAGAAUAAUAGUGAAGACAUCAAAACUAUGAAAUAACACAUAUGGAAUCAUGUAGUAACCAAAUAGGUUUAGCCACCCUUUGCCUUGAUGACAGCUUUGCACACUCUUGGCAUUCUCUCAUCCAGCUUUGUGAGGUAGUCACCUGGAAUCCAUUUCAAUGAACAGGUGUGCCUUGUUAAAAGUUAAUUUGUGGAAUUAAUUUCCUUCUUAAUGUGUUUGAGCCAAUCAAUUGUGGUAGGGGUGGUAUACAGAAUAUAGCCCUAUUUGGUAAAAGACCAAGUCCAUAUAAUGGCAAGAACAGCUCAAAUAAGCAAAGAGAAACGACAGUCCAUCAUUACUUUAAGACAUGAAGGUCAGUCAAUAUGGAACAUUUCAAGAACUUUGAAAGUUUCUUCAAGUGCAGUCGCAAAAACCAUCAAGCGCUAUGAUGAAAUUGGCUCUCAUGAGGACCGCCAGAGGAAAGGAAGACCCAGAGUUACCUCUGCUGCAGAGGAUAAGUUAAUUAGAGUCAACUGCACCUCAGAAUGCAGCCCAAAUAAAUGCUUCACAGAGUUCAAGUAACAAACACAUCUCAACAUUAACUGUUCAGAGGAGACUGCGUGAAUCAGGCCUUCAUGGUCGAAUUGCUGCAAAGAAACCACUACUAAAGGACACCAUAAGAAGAAGAGACUUGCUUGGGCCAAGAAACACGAGCAAUGGACAUUAGACCGGUGGAAAUCUGUCCUUUGGUCUGAUGAGUCCAAAUUUGAUAUUUUUGAUUCCAAGUAGGUGAACGGAUGAUCUCCGCGUGUUUGGUUUCCACCGUCAAGCAUGGAGGAGGAGGUGUGAUGGUGUCGGGGUGCUUUGCUGUUGACACUGUCUGUGAUUUACGCCAUCCCAUCUGGUUUGCGCUUAGUGGGACUAUCAUUUGUUUUUCAACGGAACAAUGACCCAAAACACACAUCCAGGCUGUGUAAGGUCUAUUUGACCAAGAAGGAGAGUGAUGGAGUGCUGCAUCAGAUGACCUGGCCUCCACAAUCACCUGACCUCAACCCAAUUGAGAUGGUUUGGGAUGAGUAAAACAAUUAAAUAAAAAAAUCUGUGUAAGAUUAUAGGUAUUACAUAGAUUCUUGAGUUGAUCAGAGUUGGAUGUCAACCAGUCUAGGUUCAGAUCACCCAUAAACUCAAAUUCGGAUUUGAUAUUCUGUGAUAAUAAAUACAAAAAUACAAUCAAGAGAGCCAGCAAUAGCAGAUGGGGGUCUAUAACAACAUAAGUCAACAAGAUUCAAGGAUGCCAGAGAUUUAUAUUCAAGGACAGAUAUUCCAAUUUCUUGGGUUUUGUAACAGAAGUCAGAAUGGUCACCCAAAACGUGUAUUUUAUGUAUAUAGCAACACCACCACCCUUAGAUUUACAAUAUGUAAAUACUAGUGUUAUUAAUAUUAUAUUAGAAUAUGUCAUAUGCAAACAUAUUUAUUGAAAAUUGAAAUUUGCAGUGUACCAACUUAAAAUGAUGAACAAAAAUGAUAUUAACUCUCACAGUUGGUGAAAAUAACUAUCUGAAAGCCGCUACCCUAAUAAGCCACGCCUCCUGAAAAUAACCUAUGGAUAACAUUAUAAAAUACCCAGCUGCUGGGUCAACCCAGCGUGAAAGUGAAUAUAACCCAAUUGAUGGUUAAAUGAACCCAUGUUUGGGUAAUCGCAACAACCCAACAUGUUGGGUUAUUCACCAACCCAACUGGCUAGGUCAAAAUAACCCAGCAUGUGUUCUAUCCAAUAUUUACCCAGCACUGUUACCAAAUAACCAAAAUUGGGUAGGUUCUAAUCCAGCAUUUUUUAGAGUGCAUUAUGCACUGAGUAUACAAAACAAUAAAAACAUCUGCUCUUUCCAUGACAUACCGUAUACUGACCCGGUGAAUCCAGGUGAAAGCUAUGGUCCCUUAUUGAUGUCACUUGUUAAAUCCAUUUCAAUCAGUGUAGAUGAAGGGGAGACCGGUUAAAGAAGGAUUUUUAAGCCUUGAGACAAUUGAGACAUGGAUUGUGUAUGUGUGCCAUUCAGAAGGUGAAGAAAAUGUAGUUGCCUUUGAACGGGGUAUGGUAGUAGGUGCCAGGCGCACCGGUUUGUAUCAGAAACUGCAAAGCUGCUGGGAUUUUCAUGCUCAACAGUUUCCCAUGUGUAUCAAGAAAGGUCCACCACCCAAAGGACAUCCAAACAAUUUGACUAAACUGUGGGACGCAUGGACCAGCAACAUGGGCCAGCAUCCCUGUGGAACGCUUUCGACACCUUGUAGAGAUUGAGGCUGUUCUGAGGGCACUCGAUAUUAGGAAGGUGUUCCUAAUGUUUGGUAAACUCAGUGUAGGUUAAUCUGUUAAUCUGAGAGUACUGAAAAUAAGGCAUUCUCUACUUUGACCUAAUGUGCAGAGUUCUUCUUUUAGCCUUGUGUCAGGGACCUGUCCACUUGUGUACCUUUGUCUAACUGAGCUCACCUCUGUCCUUCUCCUCUCGCCAGGUGGCUCUCCAGGUGGAUGGGGGUGCAGACAGCCCGGGAGGCUUCCAGUACUCCAAGUGGCUAGGCAGCCCCAACUCCCAUAGCCACAGCAACGACGACUUCGAGGCCUGGACUACCUUCCGGACGCGCACCAGCUCCGACGCCUCCACCCUCUCUGGCCGUCGCUCUCCCUUCCUGGAACAGGAUGUCGACCUAUCAGAGGCCGACGUCCACAUGGGCUACCCCGGAGGGGUGGGGCCUAAGAUGACCUCCAUGGCCACGCUGCCUAGCCUAUCAGAGGUGGGCCUGGCCAGCUCCAUGGGUGGUCAUCACCACAGUCACCAUGGAACAGAGAACGUCAUGGAUAGCCUCCUUGACAACCUCAACCUGCUGUCCCCCAAGAAUCAAGCCCAGCUGGGGGUAGGCGUUGGUCCUGGGUCUGGGCCCGACUCCUCCCGGUCCUCCCCCUCCUCCAAGCUUCAGAACAGCCCCUAUAGCUCCCCCUCCAUGACCCCUCACCCCCAGCCCCAACAGCAGGACUACAGGAAGUGCCUCUACGGCCAGGCCGGGCCAGGGAUGAACAGCCCGCAUCUCUCCCCCAUCCCCAUGCAGACGCUGCCAGAGAGCAAGCCGCCAGGGUCCUUCGCACCCUUCCUGAGCCAUUACAACUGCCCUGCUGGGCUACUCAAGGAGCUGUUGACCUCUGACGUAGCCGACCCUCGUUGUGGUGGGGAGGCCAUGCCCUCCAUGGAGACUGUAGUGUCCCAGUCUGGGAGAGGAGGAGGAGGGCGGAUGCUUCCCAACUACAGCAGCCAGGGACAGGUAGGACAUUUAGGGGGGCAUGGGGGGGUAAAGAUGAUGAGUCCCCCAACUCAGCAACACCCACAACACCCUCAGUCUCAUCCUCACCCUCACCCGCGGCCCCUCCACAGCCAGGGCCCUCCCCCCUCUGGGCCCUCCAUGAACAGCUGUGGCCUGAUUCCCCUGACCAGCCUGAACCACGCUGGGGGCCCAGCCCGUCUUGCCAGCCUCAGGACACACAUCCACCAGCUACAGCAGCAGCCACAUGGUGGUGGUGGUCACCCAGCCUCAGGCCACCAAAACCACAGUCCCCACCACAGCGAAGCUCCUCCACCCAGCUACAGCAGCAGUGCUAAUGGUUAUGUGAGGCCAGGUCCAGGCCACAGCCACAGCUAUGGUCAUCCUCAGGCCCACCAUCACCACCAAAAUCACCACCAUCAUCAGGAGAGGCUGCCUAGUGAUCUAGACGACAUGUCCAUCGAGAGGUUUGAGUGUGACAUGGAGUCUGUUCUUCAUGAUACGCUGAUGGAUGGAGACUCGCUGGACUUCAACUUUGACCCCAUGGUGACCUCUCAGGGGUUCAGCCAGGGGGUCGGGGUGAAGACCACCACACAUAGCUGGGUGUCUGGCUAG